AUGAUGCAAUGCACUCAGCUAGAUAUCAGUCAAAUUUGUGGAUACAACAAUGUUGGAUGGACUUUUCAACAGUCUGUUGGUAGUUCAGGAGGUAUGAUUAUCCUGUGGGACAAAAACUUUAUGGAGGUCAAUGAUGCACUUACUGGGGAAUAUACUUUAUCAGUCUCGUGCACAAAUAAGUCAGACAAUUUCAAUUGGAUGCUUACCAGUGUGUAUGGACCCAACAAUACUGUGGAGAGAAUUAGCUUCUGGGAAGAAUUAGAUACUGCAUGUAGGCUAUGGAAUUUACCAUGGUGCAUAGGUGGAGAUUUUAACACAGUUAAAAAGUGUGAUGAAAAUAAGAAUUGCACCAAGAUCUCCAGAAGCAUGACACAAUUCAAUGACUUCAUUGAGCAGCAUAAUCUGGUGGAUCUUCCUUUGAAAGGUUCUCCAAGUACGGCGUUAUGGCUAAAGCUAAAGGCCCUAAAAGAAAAACUACGUGUUUGGAACAAGGAGGUUUUCAAACAUACACACACUAGGCUCAAUGACAUUUUGACUGAAAUCCAGGAAUUAGACAAUAUGUCAGAGGAUGGUGUUCUUUCUGAAGAAGACAAACAUAAUAUCAUUUACCUAAAGUCUGAAUUUGAGAAAACGGCGCAAAUGGAGGAAAUAUCUUGGAAGAUUAAAUCAAAGACUAAAUGGCUACAAGAGGGUGACAGGAAUAGUGCGUUUUUUUAUGAGUAA